AUGCCAUACCUGUCAACCUCCCAGGCAUUCCUGGAACAAUCAGCCCAACUUCUCCAAGCCUACCCAGAUUCCGUAAGAGCAAAAGCCCUACAAACUCCCACAGCCCACCCCGCAACCCGCAACCCGCCACACAGACACAAUGCCAUGAUACCCCACAGCAAGCCCACCUACAACCCCUCCACCGGAAUCACUCUGCACUACCGCACAAACAAGCAGCAGGAGGUCGGGCGCAUCAUAACCACGCUGGGGAAACUGGCGGCCGGGGCAGAUGUAGCGGGACUGGGACUGGGGGCGCCGGGCGCGCCGGCGGGAGACGUGGAGAUGGUGGAUGCUGGGGCGGAGGAGGUUCCUGCUGCUCCUGCGCAGGCGCAGGCGGGGAAGCAGCAGCAGCAGCAGCAAGGUGGGAAAGGGAAGAAGAAGGGUGGGAAAGGGAAGCGGUAG